AUGGGUUUCGGAAAGCCGCCGGUCCAGGCGCUGAAAGCCGCCAACAAGACCAAGAGACAAGAGCUUUACAUUCAAUACAAAAAAGCAUCUGGCAAGGAGAGGCGAGAGGCGCGCCAUCGUCGGCGAAAAGAAGAAAACCGAGAGCCCGCCCUGAAACAAGCUCGGUUAGCGAAAAACAAGACGCUCACGCUUGACCAAAAACGCGUGUGGGACGAGGGCGAUGACGAUAGCUUGGGUGCGGUUGUCGACCUGCCACAACUGAGGCGGAGGCAAAUGGAGGAGGUUGAGGCCGAAGAGCAGGCUGAGCUCGACCUGGGCGCCGAGGACGACGAGGACGACGAGGACGAUGAUCUCGGCAGCUUAUUAGACUCGGACGAUGAAGACGAUGAAGCCAAGCAAGCAGCCGCGCAGAAGCAACGAGAGAAGCGAGCGAAACGGGACAGCAGCCUCGCCCCCUCGACCACAAGCACAAACCUCGAUUUAACACCGACUUCGCUCAUCGUCAAGUUCCCUUCAUUGUUCAACGACGUUGCCCCGCCAGAUCCGAAAGUCCUGGUCACGACCUCGCUCAAUUCUACGAUCCACUUUGAAGCCCAACUGCUAGCAACGCUCUUUCCGAACAGCACAUAUAUCCCUCGGUCUUCACACCGCUAUGGGCACAAGUACUCUCUGCGGGAGAUAUGCAAGUUUGCCAUAAAUCGGGACUACACAGCUGUUCUCCUCGUCAAGGAAGAUUUAAAACGGCCCACCGGCUUAUCCGUCGUUCACCUCCCGUCCGGCCCGACUUUUCAUUUUUCCAUUUCAAACUGGAUAGAGGGCAGGAAGCUGCCAGGCCACGGGAACCCAACAAACCAUUAUCCAGAGCUUCUCCUGAACAAUUUCAAAACACCUCUCGGCCUUCUUACGGCCAAACUGUUCCAGACCUUGUUUCCUCCUCGGCCAGAACUCCAGGGACGACAGGUCAUCACCCUCCAUAACCAACGUGACUACAUCUUUGUUCGCCGUCAUCGAUACGUGUUUCGAGAUAAACGUGCUACGGAGAAGAGUAUCGUAGACGCCGACGGGAAAGAGCUGAAGGGCGUGCAAGAUAUCCGCGCGGGCCUGCAAGAGCUCGGCCCACGGUUUACGCUCAAACUGAGAAGGGCUGAUAAGGGCAUUGGGCGAGCUGGCAGCGUCGGAGAGGACGCAACGCAGUGGCAAUGGAAAGCAAAGAUGGAGAAAGACCGCAAGAGGUUCAAUCUAUAA